AUGGCGUUGUCGAAAAGAAAACGAGACGUCGAAGACGAAGAUCAACGAAAACGCGCAAGAAUAAAUGACGAGGAUAUUCAAAAAAUCAUAGAUAUGGUGAGCAAAAACAAAUCUGUUGGCCGUAGUAAUAUUACACCGGACAGCAUGGCCGAAAUAGCACAAAUGGCGCGUGACAAUAUUAAUCAAAGAAAUAAUUCUCUGCGCUCUAACGGUCGAAGAAACUUUGACAUUAAUGAUACUGAUAUUAGAGAAAUUAUACAGUUAGUACGAAAAAAUAACAAUCGACCAGUAAAAUCUAAUGCGUUUAAUGUUGAGAGAACUCAUGUUCACAGGAGACUUGGUUACAAUGAAUACAUAUAUCACAUGUCGAUAGGGGUGAACAAUGCUAGUACAAUACCUGAUUUUUUAGAAAAUUUAAGACUUGUGUUUAGUUAUUUAAUUAAUAUGAUGAAGUAUAUAGCUAGUUCAGACACUGAUAAAGCACUUUUUAUAUCUCUAGAGCAACACGUACGGCUUUUUUGACUGCUAUAUUAAACGUUGGAGAUUUUAAUACAGAAAAGUUUUUUGAUAUUUUCGAGCAUCACAUGCAAAGUAACGCUAAAGAGGUAAUUGACAAUGGCUGGAGCAGUAUGGUUAGUUUGUUUGUAUUUCCGAACAAUUAUGUUCCCCAUUCGCGCACGGUAAAAGGAAAAAUGAAAAACCAGCUAAAAUUGUAUAAACAUAUGGGUAAGAAUGGUGCCGAAAUUGGGUGCGAAGUUCGGCACGGUGUUUUUCAGAUUACCGGCACCACAAACUGUUGUUUUGCUAUAGCGUUGUUAGUUGGACGUUCGUUCCUUGAAAAAGACAACAACUCUACAAAAAUUAACCAGAACCGAGAUAAUGACCUUAACACACUAUAUACAGAUGAAAAAAUUGCAGACGUUUACAAUAAGUGUAACAUGGUUCGCGGUGGUGUACGUGUAGAUCAACUACAUGUUUCUUAUGAAAAAUACUUAAGCGUUGAUAAUAUUGAUUUAGUGGUUUUUUCCAAACAACAACAUGACAAUUGUAUAUGAUUCACGUCUGGAUGAAAAUAACAUGUUACAUCAUGUAACAAACAACGUUAUAUUUUUAUGGCUUAAUGACCAGCAUUAUGACGUAAUUUAUCGCCGUAUACGUUUUCAAAAUGUAAUGCAAAUAUAUACUGUUUUUGGUGUAUGAGGUAUUUUCGUCAUUGGAAAACUAAAGCUAGUCACAUGUGUAAGACGGUGUACAGUUGUCAAUCUUGUUACUCUUCUUAUGAUGGGUGUAGUAAAGAAGAGGGUUUCUUUCAGCAGUGUACUGUGUGUUCGGUAAUAUUCAGAAACCAACAAUGUUUUGUCAGACAUUUAACAAAAAAAGUAUUCAAAACCAGCAGGGGUAAUUUCGAAACACCUUGUAAACACAUGUUUUUUGCGACACACAUGUUAUAAAAAAGUACUGCGCAUGACGGCUGUCUGAAAAAAAAACAACCAGACAUAAAUGUGACGAAUUAUAUUGCACACAUUGUAAUGCGAUUAAGAAAAAAAAUCAUCAAUGUUUCAUGAAGACGUGUAAGAUACAUACGAACGUUGAUCAUCCAACACCAGGCGGUGUGCGCAUAGCGACCGCAAAGCACGACGGAUAAAAUGAAAGAAUUUUCAUUAUGCGACUAGUCGUGGUUGGGUGAACAUAUGCAAAUAAAGCAAAUGGGCAUCAAAAAUUUGUUUCCCUUUCUAAAAGAAUAUUGUAAAGACGUAAAUCUUGCGGAUUUCGCUGGGAAAACAGCAGCUAUCGACGCUUUGUGCUGGAUACAUCGAGCGCUAGCAAUUUCUGUGUCUGUAGAUGGAAAUCAAGAAAGGCAAGUGGCUUCGUUUGUAAAAUAUCUAGACUAUAGUCAGUAAGAUUUUUGCUCUGCAAAUAUUUUUCGUCAUUUAGUCAUGAAUAUUCAUGUUAUUUACUUUCAGAUUAAGCAGUAUUUUUCAAAAACAUUUAACGUUGGUAAGAAGCGCUGGGGUCAUUUCGUUUGUUGUCUUUGAUGGAUCGCCCCUGCCUGCCAAGGCAAACGAAACGGCCAAAAGGCAAAGGUGAGUUAAAAUCAAAUGCCUAGGUAUUAUCAACUAAGCAUCUCAAUUAGAUACUUGCAGUAAACCUAUAAACGGCUAAAUAUAUUUUAACCAUACCUCUGUAGAGCGAAAAACGAUGCAUUGAGAAGAGCAAACGAAGCAGGCAGUCUGGAAGAGCAGAACAAAUUACUUAGCCAAGGAAUUUCCAUUUCAUUUGAGGAUAUUUCAACAUGCAUUGAAGUAACUAUAUGUCUGUAAUAUUCCAUACUCGUAUGAUCUAAUCGUUUUACGAGAUGGAUAUAUAAGACCUAAAGGCCAUGUUUUACUUAGCCAAGGAAUUUCCAUUUCAUUUGAGGAUAUUUCAACAUGCAUUGAAGUAACUAUAUGUCUGUAAUAUUCCAUACUCGUAUGAUCUAAUCGUUUUACGAGAUGGAUAUAUAAGACCUAAAGGCCAUGUUUUACUUAGCCAAGGAAUUUCCAUUUCAUUUGAGGAUAUUUCAACAUGCAUUGAAGUAACUAUAUGUCUGUAAUAUUCCAUACUCGUAUGAUCUAAUCGUUUUACGAGAUGGAUAUAUAAGACCUAAAGGCCAUGUUUUACUUAGCCAAGGAAUUUCCAUUUCAUUUGAGGAUAUUUCAACAUGCAUUGAAGUAACUAUAUGUCUGUAAUAUUCCAUACUCGUAUGAUCUAAUCGUUUUACGAGAUGGAUAUAUAAGACCUAAAGGCCAUGUUUUACUUAGCCAAGGAAUUUCCAUUUCAUUUGAGGAUAUUUCAACAUGCAUUGAAGUAACUAUAUGUCUGUAAUAUUCCAUACUCGUAUGAUCUAAUCGUUUUACGAGAUGGAUAUAUAAGACCUAAAGGCCAUGUUUUACUUAGCCAAGGAAUUUCCAUUUCAUUUGAGGAUAUUUCAACAUGCAUUGAAGUAACUAUAUGUCUGUAAUAUUCCAUACUCGUAUGAUCUAAUCGUUUUACGAGAUGGAUAUAUAAGACCUAAAGGCCAUGUUUUACUUAGCCAAGGAAUUUCCAUUUCAUUUGAGGAUAUUUCAACAUGCAUUGAAGUAACUAUAUGUCUGUAAUAUUCCAUACUCGUAUGAUCUAAUCGUUUUACGAGAUGGAUAUAUAAGACCUAAAGGCCAUGUUUGUGUAUUAUUUAAUAGGUAUGUGUCAAGGAGAAUAUUAGUUACAUUGUAUCUCCAUAUGAAUCUGAUGCUCAGAUAGCAUUUCUUGUAAAACAUGGUCAUGCAGAUUUUGUUAUCACAGAGGACUCUGAUUUACUCACCUAUGGUUGUAAAGAGGUAGACACUUUGCUUUUGGUUUCACUAUAGUUAGUUGCACAACACUAGAUCCCACAGCCCAAAUGAAAUUUACAUUAGGGUUAUGCACCAGUCAAAGUAAACUCCGACCUCCCCCCAACCGUGGGAUAUAGGUGGGGAUUGGCUCCUUCUUCUCCUCUUCCCGGCAUAAUUCGGCAGAAUGACAAAACCAACAAAUUCCCGACAUGGGUGGGACAGAAUUAAAUGACAAAAAGCCACUAAAUCCCCACCAAGUCCCCUCUUUGCCUGGGGUGGGGGUUGGAGUUUACUUUGACUGGUGCAUUAGGAAAACAAUUGUAUUGGUUGAGGUGACUUGGUGGUUGCAAACUAUAUUGCCAGGUCUAAUACCAGAAAAUCAUCUCUCUUGUCAGAAAAUUGUCGGUUCUUCUACUGUCUACCAUCAUAUUGUUUUACUCGUCAGUAGGAGAAUGCUGUUGAUUAUACAGCGUGCUAAAUUACAUAUUGAAUAUAAAUUAUUUUUCAUUAUGCUUGCAGAUAUUUGUAAAAGCCAAGAUGUGUGGUACUGGACAGAAACUUGUCCUCGCACAAGUUUUGGAAGGUUUGAAAUUAAGUUUUCAACAAUUUCAAAAAUUGUGUGUUGCAGCUGGGUGCGAUUAUGUUCAAAACGUUAAAGGAAUUGGAAUCCAUAGGGCAUAUGCACUGGUUUGUGGUAAUCAUUUGCUUGAAGAAUUGGCAAAGAAGGGGGCACCAGAUGAUUAUGAAGAGAAUUUCACCAAUGCCUUGGUUGUUUUUAACCAUCAGACAGUCUUUAGCAUUGACAGUAUGAAAUGUAUUCCUCUGAAUGAGUGGAACAAGCCUGUUACAAACAAUUGCAAGCUUCAACAUUUUUGUGGAAUGUAUCCUUGAGUAAAAAGUUGUCAAUGCCUAAGUAAUUUCAUGUAAAAAUUAUAUUGAUCAAUUUCUACAUGUACAAAUCAAAGAUCUUAACUUUACAUCAGAAUACUCGAUGACACAACUUCCAUCAACCUUGCCUCGGGUAAUCUGGAUCCAAAAAGUGGUGUGAAAGUGAAUAAUUAUCCACUACUUAAACAGGUAGGAAACUUUAGGAAUGGAAAAAAAUGCAUAUGUUUUUGUAAUUUUCAAAGAACCCAAACAAAUGAAUUGGGUCAUUCCAGAAAACCAAAACAAAUGAAAAGGGACAGUUAAUCCUCACUUUAAUAUUCCAACGAACCAUUAGCACACAUGUAUGAAUCACUAGAAACCUAACAGCUUCUAAAAACUUUGCUCUAUAAUAUUAUGAUUAAAUGAACUCAUUAAAAAUUAAGGUGUUUAUUGACAAUGACAACCUGAAUACCACAAAUGAAGAUCAGUCGGCUUCAGAAGAAACAGACAAUGAAACAAAUGGUAUAUAUGAAAUAAAUGUAUACGAAAAAUAGUAUAGUUAUACAAUGUAGUUUAUUCAAGGGUGGUUUUUAUUUUUUAGAAGGAGGGGUGGAAAAAUUUAGGAGGGUGUAAGCCGCACCACUGAGCGAGCUUCGGCAGGGGUUGGGCGUUAGGGUUAAAGACUUUCACACAAAAUAGGAGGGGUAAAGCAAAAUUUUGGUGAGGUUGAACAGUUUAUAAGAGGGGUUAGAAAGAUUCUAGGGGGGGCAUUAACCCCCUAACCUCCACAGCGAAUCUGCCCAUGAGUUUAUUACAAAUCUCAGUUUCAAAGUCCAUUGUUUUCCAGCAUUAUCAUUUCUAACUAUUUAAGGGAACAAAUUAGUGCAUAUUUGAUAUGUUAGUUCGCAGGUGCAUUGCUUUUCUUAGUUCUCUAUUAAAAUUCAAAAGGAAACGUUGUGCAUGUAAAGUUAACAUUUUUAAAUCUCAUAUUUUUGCUUUAGAAAAUGAAAGACUGGAAGUGGAUAUCAUUCAGAUUCAUCCAAUAUCAUUUCCCUAUAAAAUCCCAUCAUUUCCAGUGAUUACUGUGAACUUAAGAAAGGUCAUAGUUAGUAUCACGCUAGGCCAUUAUUCUUGCAUGUCGUCGUGUUCCAUAGACAUUGACAACAAAUCGUUUUUGGUCCUUUGGGAGUUAUCCAGAGAUUUACCAGCAAAUGUACCAACAACUAGCAAGAGUGAUGACAAUCCUACAGAUGAACUUGGUGAACCUCACUGCCUACCAUUUAAGGUUUUGGGAAGUGCUUAUGAUACUUCAAGACAGAAUUCCCUGGAAGAGGCAUAUGAGUACUUGUAUGACUACAAUCGACCCGUCUUUGUAAAACUAGAAGCAGAGCCUGAUAAUAAACAUGAUAAAAAUGCCAUUGGAGUGUACGUCAUGACGGGGGACUUUUAUAACAAUGUUGGUUAUAUACCUAGUGAAUUGACAAAAUAUUUACACCCAUUGUUAGGAAGAAAAGACCUUGAUGUUUCCAUAAAGCGCAUUCGCUUCUGUACAACCUAUUUAAAAAUUGGUUUUUAUCUUACAAUCGAAAUAACAGAACAGCCCAUGGCCAAACGAAGUUGUCCAGGCCAGUAA